CACCUUGCGCGCCGUUUCGCUUUCACUUUUCCUUGUCAAGCAAAGCCCAGGCAGCAAAGGAGCAGCGGCGGCGGUGGGGGCGAAGGCAGCUGGCUUUCUUCGAGCAGAUUUCUAACUCUGGAUCCCAUAGUAACCUGUGAUCAUGUUGCUGCUUCCUGAUCAGAUUUUUAUGUUGAAGAAGAGUAAAAUAUUCUUAUUGCUAAUCAUUCUAAGUUUUCUAUGUGAAACAUCAUAUUCAUUUGCUAGAGAUGAAAGCAAUCCCUUUCCUUGGGAUAAUAUUAGACUUCCAAAACAUGUUGUUCCAAUUCAUUAUGAUCUUCUUAUUCAUCCAAAUCUCACAACUUUAUCUUUUACUGGAUUGUCCAAAAUAGAGAUUUUAAUAACUGAGCAAACUAGUUCAAUCAUCCUUCACAGCAAAUAUCUUCAGAUAACCAGAACUACUAUCUACAACAUUAAGGACAGCGCUGGUGCAGCUAAAGGAAUGAUGCUUUUAGAACAUCCAUCAUUUGAGCAGAUAGCACUUAUUUCUAUUGAACCUCUACAAGUUGGGCAGAGCUACAUUAUUAGCAUUGAGUACUCUGCCAAUUUAUCUGAUAGUUUUCAUGGUUUCUAUAAAAGCACAUACAGAACUCUGGCAGGGGAAAUAAGGGUGCUUGCAUCAACCCAGUUUGAGCCAACAGCUGCACGUAUGGCCUUUCCGUGCUUUGAUGAACCUGCACUAAAAGCAACAUUUUCUAUUAAGAUCAGAAGAAGCCCAAAGCACCUUGCACUAUCUAAUAUGCCUUUGGUGAAUUCAGUAAACAUUAAUGAAUGGCUUAUUGAGGACCAGUUUGACAUGAGUGUAAAGAUGAGCACCUAUUUAGUAGCCUUCAUUAUUUCAGACUUUGAAUCAGUUACCAAGAUGACAUUACGUGGAAUUAAGGUUUCAGUAUAUGCUGUGCCACACAAAAUCAAACAAGCAGAGUAUGCUUUGGAUGCAGCAGUGACACUUUUAGACUUCUAUGAGGGAUAUUUUGCCAUUGCAUAUCCUUUGCCAAAACAAGAUCUAGUAGCUAUUCCAGAUUUUCAGUCUGGUGCAAUGGAGAACUGGGGUUUGACCACGUACAGGGAAGCUGCUUUGUUAUAUGAUUCUGAAAAAUCCUCAGUAUCAAGUAAACUUGGAAUUACUAUGACAGUAGCCCAUGAACUUGCUCAUCAGUGGUUUGGAAAUUUGGUUACAAUGGAAUGGUGGAAUGAUCUUUGGCUUAAUGAAGGUUUUGCAAAGUUUAUGGAAUUUGUGUCAGUAAGCAAGACUCAUCCAGAACUGAAAGUUGAAGAUUAUUUUUUAAACAAGUAUUUUAAUGCCAUGGAAGUAGAUGCUUUAAAUUCUUCACAUCCUAUAUCGACCCCUGUUGAAAAUCCAGCUCAGAUUCUAGAAAUGUUUGAUGAUGUUUCCUAUGAUAAGGGAGCUUGUAUUCUCAAUAUGCUACAGGACUAUCUCAGCCCAGAAAUUUUUCAAGCUGGUCUUGUGAAAUAUUUGUUACGAUUCAGUUAUCAGAACACAAAAAAUAAAGAUCUCUGGGACAGCUUAUCAGAUGUUUGUCCAGAUCCUGAUGGAAGUCACAGACAAAAUGGAGUUUGUAUCAGAAACAAGGAGAGAGUCUUAAACUCACACUGGACCAAAGCUGUGCUCCAUGAUGUACAGGCAGUGAUGAAUACUUGGACACUCCAAAAAGGAUUUCCUCUAGUGACAGUUACUAUUAGAGGAAAAAAUGUCCAUCUACAACAAGAACAUUAUUCAAAAAAACCUACUUUUUCCUCAUCAGCUGGGAGUCUGUGGCACAUUCCAUUGACAUAUCUUACCAAUAAAUGUAAUGAUGUUCAGAGGUUCUUGCUGACAACCAAAACAAAUGACAUAGUCCUCCCAGAAGAAGUGGAGUGGAUAAAAUUUAAUGUAGGAAUGAAUGGUUAUUAUAUUGUGCAUUAUGGAGAUCAUGGCUGGGAUUCUCUAAUUCGCCUGUUAAAAGACAAUCAUAAAGCAAUAAGUAGCAAUGAUCGAGCAAGCCUCAUUAACAAUGCAUUCCAGCUGGUGAGUGCUGGAAAACUGUCAAUUGAAAAAGCUCUUGAUUUAACGUUAUAUUUAAAACAUGAAUCUGAAAUUACUCCUGUAUAUCAGGGACUGAAUGAGCUCGUUCCUUUGUAUAAACUGCUGGAGAAGACAAACAUAAGGGACACAGAACAACAAUUAAAGGCAUACAUAGUAAAUCUAUUUAAAAAUAUGAUUGACAAACAAUCUUGGGAUGAUGAAGGUACCGUGUCUGAGCAAAUGCUUCGAAACACCUUACUUAUGUUUGCAUGUGUACGUAAAUACAAACCAUGUGUAGACAAGGCACAAGAGUAUUUCAUGAAAUGGAAGGAUUCAGAUGGAACUCUGAAAUUGCCGAAUAACAUUAAGAUGGCAGUAUAUGCUGUUGGAAUACAAACAGAUGAAAACUGGGAUUUCCUUUUCAGCAAGUAUCAGUUACCUGAAUUCGAUACUGAAAAGAAUCAGAUUGAAGUUGUAUUGUGUCUGAGCCAAAACAAAGAAAAGCUUCAGUGGCUAAUGGAUCAAGCAUUGCAAGGUGACAUAAUAAAGACUCAGGAACUGCCUUCUAUAGUUUUGAGUGUUGGAAGGAAUCCUUAUGGAUACCAAUUAGCUUGGAAGUUUUUAAAACAAAACUGGCAGAAACUUGUAAAAAAAUUUGACCUUGGCUCACACUCACUUGCACACAUGAUUACUGGCAUAACAAAUCAGUAUUCCACAAAGGAACAGCUUGCUGAGGUAAAAAAUUAUUUCAGCUCAAUGGACAAAAGCACUUCAGAGCUCCGUGCUGUUCAACAAGCAAUAGAAACAAUUGAAGAAAAUAUCCAGUGGAUGGAUAAGAACCUUGAAAAAAUCAAGACAUGGUUACAGAUUAAUAGCAAAGUGUGAAAUUGUAUGUUAAUUAUUGAUUCAGAAUUGACCAGAAAUUUUGCAGUGGAAGAUUGCUCCUUUGCCU